UUGCUACGUGUAAGGAAACGGUAUAGUGGGAUUGGGGGAUUGGGCAGUGUUGUGAUUAGAAUUUCUCUUUUACGUCGGACUCGGAGUGGUCGUCGUGUCUAAUUGUGCAUGUAGGACUUUUGACAGUUUUAUUAAAUUUAGGCUAAUAACGUUACAUCUGUAAGGACUGGCUAUUUCUGCGAAACACCCCCGCGCUCAAAAUGGGAAUUAAAUUCUUGGAGGUUAUAAAACCAUUCUGCAGCAUACUACCAGAAAUCGCAAAACCUGAAAGGAAGAUCCAGUUUAGAGAAAAGGUGUUAUGGACGGCAAUCACCCUCUUCAUAUUCUUAGUAUGCUGUCAAAUCCCACUGUUCGGAAUCAUGAGUUCCGACUCAGCAGAUCCAUUCUACUGGAUCCGUGUGAUUCUGGCUAGUAACCGAGGAACAUUGAUGGAGCUGGGAAUCUCGCCUAUCGUCACCUCUGGCCUCAUCAUGCAGCUGUUGGCUGGUGCCAAGAUCAUUGAGGUCGGAGACACGCCCAAAGACAGAGCGUUGUUUAACGGUGCUCAAAAAUUGUUUGGCAUGGUGAUCACCGUUGGACAGGCUAUCGUCUACGUGAUGACAGGAAUGUACGGGGAUCCCUCGGAGAUCGGCGCAGGUGUCUGUCUGCUCAUCAUCAUCCAGCUGUUUGUUGCGGGUUUGAUUGUGUUGCUGCUUGAUGAGUUGCUACAGAAGGGCUACGGUCUUGGGUCUGGUAUCUCACUGUUCAUUGCUACCAACAUUUGUGAAACCAUCGUCUGGAAGGCUUUCAGCCCUGCAACUGUCAACACAGGUAGAGGAACUGAGUUUGAAGGAGCUGUCAUUGCUCUGUUUCAUCUUCUGGCCACUAGACAAGAUAAGGUCAGAGCUCUGCGUGAAGCUUUCUACAGACAGAACCUUCCCAAUCUGAUGAAUCUUUUGGCUACUGUCCUCGUCUUUGCUAUCGUCAUAUACUUCCAGGGAUUCCGUGUAGAUCUUCCCAUCAAAUCCGCUCGCUACAGGGGUCAGUACAGCAGCUACCCUAUCAAACUGUUCUACACUUCCAACAUACCAAUCAUCCUGCAGUCUGCUCUCGUCUCUAACCUCUACGUUAUCUCUCAGAUGUUAGCAGUCAAGUUCCAUGGCAAUCUGUUUGUCAACCUGCUGGGAGUGUGGGCUGACGUGGGAGGUGGUGGUCCCGCCAGAGCUUACCCUGUAGGCGGACUUUGCUACUAUCUCUCACCCCCGGAGAACCUGGGACAUAUCCUGGAGGAUCCCAUCCACGCUGUUCUCUACAUCGUCUUCAUGCUGGGCUCCUGCGCCUUCUUCUCCAAGACUUGGAUCGACGUUUCCGGCAGCUCUGCCAAGGAUGUGGCAAAACAGCUGAAGGAGCAGCAGAUGGUGAUGAGAGGUCACAGAGAUAACUCUAUGAUCCACGAACUCAACAGAUACAUCCCCACUGCAGCUGCCUUCGGUGGUCUUUGCAUCGGAGCCUUGUCCGUCCUCGCUGACUUCAUGGGAGCGAUCGGCUCAGGAACCGGUAUCCUAUUGGCCGUCACCAUCAUCUACCAGUACUUUGAGAUAUUCGUCAAAGAGCAGAGCGAGAUGGGCGGAAUGAGCACGCUGCUUUUCUAAGUUGUUACGAAGCUUUAGGAGUUUUAAUAAAUUGUUAUUUAUUUGUGUCGAUUUAGUGGUGAAAAAGACAUUACAUACUUGUCACAUUGACAAACUUCUGCUAGACGACGCCAACUGUUAAAUGUAAUUUUGUACUUUAAAUGACAUUAAAAAAUGUGAAAACUAUUGGAUUAUUAUUUUGAAUCUUGGUUGUGUAUUCGGUUUCAUGUUUGUGUGAUUUGAUGUAAAUGAAAUUUUAAUAUAUUUUUGAGGAUCCAUGUGCAGCUGUGUAAUAUGAUAAUCUGCAAUUUGUUUAACUAGUUUUAUUUUGCUUGUUUAUACUUAUCCGUGGUUUUUCAGCUUUUAAUUUAUUCAAGUCGCUCUACUGUAAUGGAAAUUUUAAUUGAAUUUUGCCUAAUAUUAACAAUUAUUUAUGCAUAAGUUUAGGUUAACUGUACCAAUACUAUGUAUUGGUAUUGUUUUAUAAAUACCUACCUUAUAGUUUAUUGUAUUUAAAACAAAGGAUAUAUUUACUUCAAGUUCCGUGCAUAUUCUCAUCUCAUGGUGUGGGGCGACCACUGAUCAUAUUUCAUUCCUCAUUUCAACAUUCGUUAUUGUAAUUUUGUACUAUAAAAUGACACUGAAUAAACGUGUCCAGAAGUACAA